CUAUAUUAAAAAGGAAUUUUAGAUAAUUAAGUUGAAUACGAAUAUUUGUCAUUAUAAUAUAUCACAUUUAUCAUCAAAUGCUAUAAAAAUUUCGCGAAAGCUAACUAUUUAUUGAAAUAAAUGAUUCAAAAUAUUAAAUACCGCUUUGGUAAUUAAUCAAUUUAUUUCUAGUUAAUUUCUAAUAUUAUCACUGAGAAGCUAGAAAAUGAAAUAGGGAAGAUGAAUGAAAAAUUUAUUUAAUAAAAAAGGAAAGAAGAGCUUAAUAUCAAGCAUAUAAAUUUAUCUGAAGAAAUGUGCAAUUUUUAUAUUCCCAUUAUUAAGGACAUAAUUCAUGAUAAAUCAGAAAUGUGGGGUAAAAUGUAGAAAGGAUUUCUAAGAAUGGAUUAAUACUAAAGAGAAGUUCUCAUAUUAAUGAGAAAAAUUGAAUAAACCAAAAAUGAUUUCCUUAGAUAAAUGAGAAAAUAUGAUAGAAAAAUUGAUUUUAGCUGCUGUUUAGCUAUUAAAAAGCUAAAGCAGCUCUUUUACUUAUUUAUUUUAAAUGAUGGCGUAACUGCAUUUCAUUUAGACGAAGAAAUUAUUGAGCUGAGAAAAAGAGAUGCAUUUUCUGAAAAAGAUACUCUAACAAAUGAAAAUUUAAUUAAAAAAAAUAUUGUAAGCCUAACAAUAAGUAUUUCAUAAAACUUAGGAAUGAUCAAAAGCAAAAAAGAUCUCAAAACAGCUUAGUUUUUUGGAUUUAGUGAGUAAGAAUUUCAAAAAAUUAAUAAGAUAAAUGAAUUGAUGCCUCAUUUUAUUGAAAAAAACCAUGAUAAUAUGAUCAAACAGUUUAUGUCUAGGGGUACUAGCUAGUACAUAAAGUCGUUUCUUUACUCUUUUUGUGUUAAUAGUAAAGGCUAUGUAAUGCCUGUAAAGGUAUAUACUGAUUUUUCUUUUCUUUCUCUAGAUGAUUUUUAUAUUAGGGGAAUCAUUCUAAAAGCUAAUAAAGGAUCACAGUACAUCGUUUUUGACAGAUCUGGUAAGAUUGUUGGAAUUACAGAAAAGCUAGCUUAAAGAUUAUUCAUCGACUCAGAUAUUAUGAAAAUUCUUCCCCCAGCUGAAUAGGUGAUUAAAUAUCUAAAUGCAUUUCUUUUGUUUCCUCAAAUAAUCACUAAGCUGCAGAAAAAGAAGAAGUACAUCUUAUAAAAUUAUGAACAACAGCAUACUGAUAUUGUCCUGCAGAGUGAUAAAGGAUAUUUCUACUUCGAUACUUAAUUGAUAUCUUAAUAUUAAUAAUUUUCAAAUUACUUAGAAAAAAAGAGCAGUCACUUAAACAAAAGCUAGAGCAGAAAUUUAGAAAAAAGUAAUAAAUUAAAAGAAAUCCACAUACUUGAUGUGCUUUCAAGAGAUUCUAUCAGGAAAUAUCAUAAAUUCAUAAAAUCUCAAGCUAGAGAAUAGAGUUUAUAAAGCUCAUCAAGAUAUACAUUAGCUCAAAGUGUAAAGAAUCAAAGUAGUUAUUCAAAAAAUAGAGGUACUAUUAAUAUAACAACUAAUAAUUCUCAAAGUUUUAAUACUUAAUUCUUGAAGUCAAUUUUUAAAAUAUAGAAAUAAAAUUUAUAAAGGUUUUUUAAAUUUUCUUUUAAAUAUACGCUUUCUUAUCACACGCUACCUCUCAUUAGCAAAUUUGACCAAAAUACUUCUGAAAACAACAGCUUUUUCAACAUUUAGACAAAUUAAAGAGAAAUUUAUUUUUCAUUAUAGUUAGAUGAUUCUCAAUUAAAAGAAAAUUAGAAAUAAAUCUAAAAUUAACAUGAGAAUUCAUUUUAGGAGAAUUUAGCAAAUUACAUCAUGAAGCUUUCUUGCAUCCCAACUUUGGAUUAGCUCAAUAAGUCUAUCUUGCAAUAAAGCGAGGAUGAGGAUGUUUUAAUUAAAGAAUAAUCCUCUAACAUUGAUAGGAAAAUUCCCAAAUCUUUUUUAAAAUUCCUUGACUCGAAUGCAAAAAGUGAUAAAAAAAUAUAAAAAAAUUUAGAAACAUAGUCGGAAAACUCUAAGAGAGAAAAAUAAUAAAAAAAUGAAAUUAAAGACAGUGAAAACUAAACUGGUAGUAUUUUUGGAUCAACAUCAAAUAGCGAAUCAGAAAGUAGCUCAGAAGAUCAAAGUUUUGGUGAAGACAUUUAUAAUUAUAAAACCUAAGAAGGCAAAAAUGUAAUCAUGCAGAAAAGAAUUUCAGAGAAAUUUUAAAAUAUCCAAACAAAAUUAGAUGAUUUAUUAGAUGAAAACGAAAUUUCUGUUACUGACAUGUUAGCAAUAGAUUCCUAUUACAAAGCUAAAAGAGUAAUACUUUAGAAUUCAAAUGCAGGUAAUCUUAUUUCUGCACUUGAGGCAGCUAUAGCUGAGGAGCUAUUUGAAUUAAAAAAAGAAAAGCAAAUAAUAAAGAACCUUUAUAAAGCUAAAUAAAAUUCUUCAGAUGUGUCUAUCGACUUUCAAAAUAGCAUAAAUCAAAAUGAAGGAUAAAUCACAUUUAGAAACAUGUAAUCAAAUAUUAAUAAUAAUAAAGAAUAAAACAGUUCUAUAAAUCAAAGAAAUCAUUUUAAGAAACUGAACUCUGAUAUUUCUGGACUGAGUCUCUAAAAAUCAAAAUAACAACUAAGUAAUUCUCUUUAGCUAAUCUAAGAUAAAAUAGAACAAAUUUCACACUAAGAUAUUGAUCCCUAGUAAGAAAAUAUCGAAUACAGCAAUAUUAUCUUACGCCCUCAAUAAAGUAGUUAUGUAAAUAUUUCUCACCGUUUUAAUGUAUCUCAAGAAAACUUAACAACGCAUAAUCUUAACCAAACAUAUUAAAACAAUCAUAUAAACAUUUCUUCUCGUCCACUUGUUUCUUAUAGCAAGGAAAUCAGUAGUAAUAUUUUAGAUCAGGCAAGUCACACCUCUUUUGAUGUGAACAAAUCACCAAAAAAAUAAAGAAGCUUUCUAAAGUAAAUAUCGUCUAUAGUAUAAAAGAUAUCAGAAAAUCAAAAUUUAAGAAAUUCCACUUCAAAAAAAUAGAGCUUUAUUUAGAAUUCAACAGUACUAGCUUGUAAUUCUGAACUCUAAAAUGAUUUAAAAAUAAAAUUUGUACAAAAUUCUUAAUUAGAGUAAGAUCUUUAACAUAAAAGCUUUACAAAUUUACAUAGUACAUAAUAAAUAAACUCAAAUGAAUUUUAGAAUUAAUUAAAUAUAUCUGAUAGCUCUAAAUUAGGAGCAAUCAAAAAAACCAACAUAAGCAAAGAGACUCAUGAGGAUGUCAUGAAUAAUUUAUUAAAUAAUGUAUGUUUGAUUGAAGGAUAAGGAGAAAGAGUCAGUAUUCACUCUUCAUCUAGGUCUUCAAGUUCUUAAGUAGGACUCUUUUUAAAAGAAAUAAUCUAAAAAGGAAAAGUUCCUAGUGGUGCAAAAAGCUAUUCGAUUCUUCUGAUAAUCUUUACAUUAAUUUUUAUAGGAUUAAAUUUGACUAAUCUUUUUAUCAUUUAAAAUGAUAUGCAGACUUUCUCUGAGAGCUCCAUUAUUAUUAGAUCUCCUAGAAAGUUAUUAAGGAAUUACGCCAAAUCUCUUUAUGGAAAAUAUAUCUUGCUUUAAUUAUAAACUAACUAUCUUAAAGAUACGAGCGACAACUAUUUUUAAAAUUUAGCUAACUAAUAUUUAGAGAAAGGAGCUACUGAUUAUGUUGGAAUUUUACAAUAGCAAUCAACAUCUUUGAUACAAUAUUUAUAAAAAUAUUAGAAAUAAUAGAAUUCUUCAACAUACCCUUUCUAAUUGUACAAUACCUACAUUUCAAGCUAGGCUAAUUUAGAAAUUUCUUUAUUUUUUGAAAGUAUAAAUUAUGAUUUGAUUUGCAACUAAUUGAAUUAUACUUAGAAUGUAUAAAACAAUUGCUUUACUACUCUUAGAGCAAACUUUUUUACUUAUAGCACACAAUUAGUUAACUUUGUUUAAUUUGUUGUGGAUGUUAUUGAGACAACAGCUAUUAACCUAAUUCUUAAAUUUACCUACAUUUCUGUUGCAGCCAUCAUAAGUGUUGUAGUAAUACCUCUUUGUGCUAUGCCUUUUGCUAAGAAUAUUAACACUUAUGUAGAGAAAAUUUUGAUGAUAGUGAGUAGAAUUUAUUAUUCUCAAUCUUAAAUAGAAAGAUAGAAACUUCAUAUAUGUUAAUAACUAAUUUAAUUAGAUGACAAUGAAUAUCUCAAAUAUAACUACAACGAAGUUUUUAGCUUGAGGUAUAAAAUGUUUGAUCAUUCAAUCAUCAAUAAUAUGCAAUAAAUUUAGACUCACUAAGCAUCUAAAAGGGUUGAGACAUUCCAAAAUAAAGAAUAUUUAAACAUCAAUUUAAAGAACCAGAAACUAUCUACACCUUCUAAACUCCAAAGUAGUAAAAUACGAAGUGGUAAUAAUUAAUCUGAACCUAAACAAAAUUUAUAAAAAAAUUACAAGAAUUCAACUAAUAAAGUAGUUAGAAAUGCUUUGGAGGGUAAAUUAAAUGGAUAAAAUUAGGUACAAUAAAGAUUAUAAAGCAACUAUAAUUCUGAUUCAAUAUAAAAUAAAAGAAAAGAUUAUAUUUUAUAAUCGAGAAUCCAAGACUAAAAACUAAGCAUAGUCAAAAGAAUUUAAUCUUUAUUGAUUUUUAUGACAGUUGCAAUAGUUUAUUUUUUGGUUAUAAUCAUAUACUUAAAUUUAAAAUCAUCAUACCUUUAGCAACCUGUAGAAAUUAAUAGAAAAACUAAUCUGCUGCAUGUAAAUACAAUAAAUUAUCUAAUUUCAAGUGAAUUUCUAGCUUUUGAUUUAAAGCUUAAAAAAGUAUGGAGUACUUAUUAGAUAAACGAUUUACAAAGCUUUUAUGACAUUUCAAAAUCUAACUUGAAUAAUAUAUAAGAAAUAUCAAAUAAUUUAACAGAAACUAUAUAUGGGGAUAGCCCAUAUACACCUGAAACAGAAUAAAAAAUGAAAAAUUUAAUUGAAGGAUAUGUUUGUCCUUAUAUGACAACUAAUAAUUGCACGGGUGAUUUAUAAUAGCUUACCUCUUUUGGUAUUAAAACUGCAGUUUCUCAAUUUUUUAAAAUUCAUAACUCAUUCCUCAAUGUUUUUGAUCCAAAUGAAACCCCAGAUGACUAACUUAAAUCUUACCUAAAUGCACAAGAAAGAGUGAUUGCUUUUACAAAUUUUUUUAAAGCUUAAGAUGAGGUAUUUGAUAUAUUUAGUUCAACUGCAAAUUUAAGCAUAACAGAUGUCUCGAAUAGUAUAUAAUAAUUUUUAUAAAAUUUCUUAAUUUACUGUGGCUGUCUAGUUGCUUUAUUGAUUGUGACUUUGUUUACAUAUUCUAUAAAAAAUCUUUAUAGAUAGAUUUAACUCACAAAUUUCUUCUUAAUAUUUAUACCAGAAGAAAAACUUUUGGAAGAAGUAACUCUAUAGAUGCUGAAAAACAUUUAAAAAAUGUGAUAGCUUAAAAAAUGAAAUUAAAAAACGCAAUAAAACUGUUAAAUUUAUUUAUUAUUUAAAUAAAAAAAACAUUUUUAAAGAAUCUUAUUACUAAUAAGCUAUUUUAAAGAAUUAUUACUAUCAUUUACAUUUUUACUACUUUAUAUUUUUUAAAUUGAUAUUUAUUUUUUUACUCUAGAUUAGUAAUUGUAAACAUAUGAAAUAAUGCUUGACUGCGCAAAGCUCUCAAUCACUUUUUAGUAAUUUAAAAUUAUUAUAGAACUAUCAUUAUUUUGAAAUUACACUGAUUGGGCAAAUAUUUGAUCAGCAAAAUUUUAUUAAUAUCAGUAAUAAAAAUUAUGAGUCAAAAUUAUUCUUUUGAUGAUAUAUUUUAAAAUGAUAU